CCAGAUCUGUUUAACCCCACUCCCUGCCUCCCUCCUCCUCGUGUCUCUUCAUGAAUGUGAACUGUGUCACACACGGGUUGGCAGUGUGUGUGUGUGUGUGUGUGGAUGGGGGGUCAGUGUGUGUUGCCGUGUUUGAGGGGAAAAUGUGCAUCUUUACUACGUAAACUUUAGCGGCUUUGUGACGGAGCAGCGCGCGACACUAACAGGAUUUACCGGCGGCAGCUCGAAGCGACGGAGGGAACAUUUCCGUGAGAAAGUCGCUGCUGCUGCUCACAGGCCAUGGCACCGUGUGGAGGCAUGAGAAUACGAUUCCUGGGGCCCAACGUGUACUCGAAGGCCCCUGACGGAGGCUGGGGAUGGGUGAUCGCCGUGGCCUUUUUCCUGGUGGAGGCUUUCACAUAUGGCACCAUCAAGAGUUUUGGCAUCUUCCUCCAGGACCUGAUGAAAGAUUUCGGAGAGACCAACAGUCGGAUCUCCUGGAUCGUUUCCAUCUGUGUGUUUGUCAUGACCUUCAAUGCUCCCCUCUCCUCUAUGAUGACUAACCGCUUUGGUUACCAAGUGGUCGUCAUGACUGGAGGGUUACUUAUUUCCUCGGGUACCAUCGCCACCAGCUUCACCAGCUCCAUUAAUCAAAUGUACUUCACCUAUGGAAUAGUUGCAGGCCUGGGCUACUGUCUGACCUUCCUGCCCACUGUGACCAUCCUUUCCCAGUACUUUGACCGCAGACGAUCUCUAGUUGUAGCCGUGGCUUCUACCGGAGAGGCUUUGUCGAUGUUCGCCCUGGCACCAGCCUUUUCUGCAUUAAGGGACCAUAUGGGCUGGCGACAUACGCUAGCUGUGAUAGGGGCUCUGCAAAGCAUCAUCAUCGUCUGCGGUGCGCUGCUUCGUCCAAUCAUUAUCAAACCCAAAGGGACCGCCAUGACAGAGAUUGACACAUCAUCCCCAAAAGAACUAGAACCCCUCAGUACACAAGAGAAUGCAGAUGGCACAAACCCAGAGGACUCUGUGAUGAAGGACAAUGAGCUAACCAGAACCUCCGUGAGCACUGGAGACUCUGGUGUCCAGUCUCUAAAGGACAUCGACAGCAGCAGCCCAGAGGAGAACACGUUGUUUUGCAAAGAAGCGAGGUCAGAGACAGAGCAGGGAGGUGUGGAGAGCAUUAAGGUAGAGAUUAAACCCUCUGCGGAAAAAGAUGAAAUGGACAGAGAUGCAGAAAAAGAAGUGAUGAGAAAUGGAGAAAGCAAAUCGGGUAAUGAAAAGCUUUCUGCAAAGAAGCCUAAACUCUUGGAUUUCUCCAUCCUCAAAGAGUGCAGCUUCAUUUUAUACUCUCUGUUUGGACUGUUUGCCACUCUGGGCUUCUUCGCUCCUCAGCUCUACAUCAUUGAGCUGAGCGUGAGUCGAGGUGUUGAACGGGAUCGGGCCGCCUACAUGCUCUCCACCAUGGCCGUGGCCGAAAUCUUGGGCCGAUUCUCCAUCGGGUGGGUCCUGACGCGGGAGCGGCUCAGGACGAAGAAGCUUCUUGUGCUUCUGGGAUGUGUGAUUGCAAUGACUGUGGAUCUGGUAGGAUUUACUUUGGUUACAGAGUUUUACGGCCUGGCUGUGUGCUGUGCUGUGUACGGGUUCUUUAUGGGAACGCUGGCAUGCACCCACAUCCCCAUGCUGGCUGAGGACGAUGUGGUGGGAAUAGAGAGGAUGUCUUCAGCUGCUGGUGUCUAUGUGUUCAUCCACAGCUUUGCUGGCCUGGCUGGACCACCACUUGGAGGAGUGCUGGUGGAUGUGACUAAAAACUACGGAUCGGCCUUCUACUCCUGUGCGGCCGGCAUGGCGCUGAGCGCUCUGUUCCUGGGUUUGGUGAGACCUGCUAAGAGAGGACUGCUCUGUAGGAGGAGAAAACCAUCUGAAGACGACGUACAUGAAAGGACUGUGGCCUGUAAGGAACAGAGAGAAGAGCAAAAACUGGACAAAACUGACAGUCCAAAUGAAUCUGAUGACAACAGUCAGGCGGAGGCUACAAGAGAUGUUGAGGAGGUUAUACGCUUUGCUUGAGCUGAUACAUAGUAAGGAUAAUAAAAGGGUUAGCCAUAUGAGGGUAAAAGGUGACGACUACUGCAGGCAGACUGCUGAAGUGACAGUGGAGAGAAAGACCAACACUAAGUGCUUAAUAUCUGCCAUUGUCGAUCUGGUUUCUGAGAUAUCUUGAAAACUUUUAGAUCACAAGCUGUAUGUAGGAAUUGUGCCUUAAUUACCUAAUGCACCUGACAGUGUUUUUACAUCAAGUCAAUAAGAUCAAAAUGAUUUAUCUUUAAGUAAGCAUAUUGUGUAGUCUUGCUGUAAUGUGCAGUGGCCUGGAAGGUUUGGACCUGUUCAGCAUGAACCAGAAGAGAUGCAAAUGGAGGAACCGUAGAUAUUCCAAAGAUGAACCACUGAUACUUGAUAAUUACCUGCUGGUGAUCAACACUAUAAUGACAAACCAGAAAAACUGUGACUUAAAAUAGCUGCAGAAACACUGAGCUGUACAGAUUCUGUAACACAUGAAACUCAGGACUAUGUGAUUAAAAGUGUUCAUUUUUAAUCAAACUGUUUUCAAGUUGACAGUGCACUAGUAUGCAAUAUGGGAUGUCAGAACUCAAACUAUUUUUGUAAUGAAAACAUGUUGAAUCACAAUAAAGCAACAAUUAAAUAUUGAA